UGCUUCCUCCUCGGGCCUCUGCCACUCCCCAAAAGUUUUCUCCCCGCAGCCUCCUUCCCUCUUUUAUUUUUCCUUGUAGCGUUUUGCUGCUUUUGUCCCUCUGCAUGCUCUCCGGUUUCCUUUUAUGCACUUAUUUCUAGCUCAGUGGUCUCUUUGCUUUUCCUUGCUCCCCUCGCUUCUGCGGGGGCUGCUGCUUCUCGACUUUCUUUUAGUUUCGUGUCUCUUGUUGAUCCUUGCGUGCCUGGAUGAGAUAUAUCACAAAAGAAGACAUAGCUGGGGCUUUUAAUGUUACAGAUGUUUUUUUUUCUGGUUUGAGGAGAGGGGAGUGACUAACCAAUGCAGCUUUAGAUGGAGCUGUGUUAAACAGGCACCUAACCCUGAGAUAGAUGCAUGUGAAGGCAAGAUGGAGGUGGUUAUCUCUAACCUACCCUAAACUUUCAAACCAGUAAAUACUGAGUCUGUCAGGACUAAAAAUUGCUGGUGAUGGAGCCAGGAGACCCACUCAUGCUUAAUUAGACCUAAAGGACAGGGAAAUAAAGUUUCAGUACAAAACGGUUCGAUUCAUCAAAAGGAUGCAGUAAAUGAUGAUGAUUUUGAGCCAUAUCUAAGUAGUCAGACAAAUCAGAGUAACAGCUAUCCACCAAUGUCAGACCCAUAUAUGCCUAGUUAUUAUGCUCCAUCCAUUGGAUUUCCGUACUCUUUAGGCGAAGCAGCAUGGUCAACUGCAGGUGACCCUCCAAUGCCAUACUUGACAACUUAUGGACAGAUGAGUAAUGGUGAACACCAUUACAUACCUGAUGGUGUGUUUAGUCAACCUGGGGCAUUAGGAAAUACCCCUCCGUUUCUUGGGCAGCAUGGAUUUAAUUUUUUUCCUGGGAAUGCAGACUUCUCUACAUGGGGGACGAGUGGAUCUCAGGGACAAUCAACGCAAAGCUCUGCUUACAGCAGCAGCUAUGGCUAUCCACCUAGUUCUCUUGGGAGAGCCAUAGCAGAUGGACAGGCUGGAUUUGGCAGCGAUACUCUGAGCAAGGUGCCUGGUAUUAGCAGCAUUGAGCAAGGCAUGACUGGACUGAAAAUCGGUGGAGAUAUGACGGCUGCUGUAACAAAAACUGUAGGUUCAGCUCUGAGCAGUACAGGUAUGACAAGCAUUGCAGCCAACAGCGUGCCCCCAGUUAGCAGUUCAGCACCUAAACCAACCUCAUGGGCUGCCAUUGCAAGGAAGCCUGCUAAACCUCAGCCAAAACUCAAGCCUAAAGGUAACGUGGGCAUUGGGGGCCCUGCUGUACCACCCCCACCUAUAAAACACAACAUGAAUAUUGGAACUUGGGAUGACAAAGGGUCAGUGGUAAAAGCACCCCCAGCCCAACCAGUACUGCCUCCUCAGACUAUAAUCCAGCAGCCUCAGCCAUUAAUUCAACCACCACCACUGGUGCAAAGCCAACUGCCUCAACAGCAGCCUCAGCCACAGCAACCACAACAGCAACAAGGACCUCAGCAGCAGGCCCAGCCUCACCAGUUGCAGCAGCAACAGCUGCAAAACCGCUGGGUAGCGCCUCGUAAUAGGGGGGUGGGCUUCAGCCAGAACAACGGAGCUGGUACUGAAAACUUUGGUUUAGGUGUUGUAUCUGUCAGCUCCUCACCUUCUGGUGUGGAAGUGCACCCAGUGCUGGAGAAACUAAAGGCCAUAAACAACUACAAUCCCAAAGACUUCGAUUGGAACCUGAAGAAUGGACGUGUGUUUAUAAUCAAAAGUUAUUCAGAGGACGAUAUUCAUCGCUCCAUUAAGUACUCUAUCUGGUGUAGUACUGAACAUGGUAAUAAGCGCUUGGAUGCUGCUUACCGUUCCUUGAAUGGAAAAGGCCCACUCUAUUUACUCUUCAGCGUGAAUGGCAGUGGACACUUUUGUGGAGUGGCUGAGAUGAAGUCUGUUGUGGACUACAAUGCAUAUGCUGGUGUCUGGUCUCAGGAUAAGUGGAAGGGCAAGUUUGAUGUCAAAUGGAUCUUUGUCAAAGACGUUCCCAAUAACCAACUGCGGCAUAUUCGCUUGGAAAACAAUGACAACAAACCAGUUACCAAUUCGAGGGACACUCAAGAAGUACCCCUAGAAAAAGCCAAGCAAGUGCUUAAAAUAAUUGCUACUUUCAAGCAUACCACCUCAAUCUUUGAUGACUUUGCACAUUAUGAAAAGCGUCAAGAGGAGGAGGAAGCCAUGCGUAGGGAGAGGAAUAGGAACAAACAAUAACUAUACGGAGAUGUCCUGCUAGAAUUACAACACUAAUGAUGUAGACUCUGGAAAUGCCUAAUAUGUCUAAGAAGACGUUAUUAAAGCUUUUUUCUGCUUAAGGUGACAUCUUUGAACACUUUAACACAAAAUUGACUCUUCUUGUAAUGGUUCUCAUCAGUGCAUCUGCCCUUAUACUCUCUCACCAAACACACUUGAGAACUGUACCUUCGUCAAGCACUUUCUGUCCUGAAGCUUUUACCAGUAUCUGCUGUCUUUUGUAUUUAUGCAUCCUAGCUAAGGCACAGGAGACCGAACGAAUGCAAGGAUUCAUUAACUCUUUGAAUUUGUUAAAUACUAACAUUUAACCAUUAGAAGUGGUUCAAUGAUGUGAGAUUCACAUUGCUUCAACUUAAUUUUUUUCUUUGUUGUAGUUUUUUUAAUUGUCAGUUUUUAGCUAUUCAACAGAUUAAAAGCAAAUCAUGCCAUAUUUAGUCCUGGAGUAAAACUCAAGUCUAAAUGUUCAUGUGAAAUUAUUGUAGUAAUCUUUUAAUAUGGCAAAGCAACUUUAAGCUGCAGUUUAGCCAAAUGAAACGUAACAUAAAAUUAUAUUAGAAUGACAUUUCCCUUGUUUCAAACUGUUUGGUGUAAGAGAAUAUUAAUAUGCAGCUUGGUGGACACCACCAGUUAAUGCACAUUUCUUUUUUUUCUGUAACAUGUAUACUGAAAAAGUGCAUUUGUCUGAGGAACUGUUUGUUUGCUACCACUCAAUGAAUCUCAGUUUUGAGUAAAUGUACCUCAGUCUAAAUCAGACUUUUUAUGACCUUUAUAACUACAUUUAAAAUAAUCUUUAAUUCCUAUUUCUGGGUGUUUGCAAGCCUGACAGAUUGCUAUCAUGAAAGUGAAAAUUUACUCCUCUAGGUGAUUCACUAGCUAAAUAAACAUAAUUCUUGUUUAGCAAGCAUAUACUGUUUCUCAAAUCUUUUGUUUCAUUGUCCCAGUGUUCAGCUAUUUUUUUCCCACAUAUUGAAAACAUUUUGAAAGAAAUACAUGGGGAUGACAUUUGUAGCCAUUUUAGCAAGAUUUUUUUUUGUUAGAACAUUCAGUAAGUUUUAGAAUGCAUAUUAAAGUGAUUAAUGCUAUACUAGCUUUUAACUUCUCAAAAUUAUGUCUUUUGUUUCAGUUUGUAUAGCCAUGCGCAUUGUCUGCUGGAAGGGAAUAUUAGAAAAAUGUUAAGCAGGUGUAUUGACUGUACAAAAUACUGAACAGCUUGUACCAAACUCCAGGGAUAGCUUUCUCUUUUUAGAACGGCACUGUAGAAGUCAGAUAUGUUAUAGCUUAAAAUAGCAAUACCACAUAUUUGAACGUUUCAUGUCUUAAUGUCCAACACAGAUGUUUAUAUUGUGUUUCGAGCCUUUCAUUUAUAGAUUCUGGCAAACAAAGUUCUGAAGCUUAAGUUCUAUAGCUUUGUUUUGAAUAUUGGCUAUUUUGCUGGAUUUUACUUUCUCUUUUUAAGCCCCUUGCUCUCUUCUGACCUCGCAUACAGAAAACCUUCAGUACAUGCUAUUUCUUGUUAUUUAAAAUACUAUUUUAUAACGAGGAGUAGCAGAUAUGAAUUUUAAUGUUUACUGACUGGAUUCUGGAAGCUCAAAACAUGGGAGUGGCUUCCAUUUUGGAGAAAAGCAAUCUCACUUAAAUGCGAAUAUGGUAAGGAAGGGAAAAUUAAGUGCUUAUUACCUGAGGAGACAAGGAGAGAAAGGUUGCAAGCCCCAAACCCUAUGAAACAUGGCUUGAGCCCCAAAAUUUCUACUUCCAUGUCUUUCUGUUUCUUGCUAACAGAUUUUGUAGGUAUUUGUUUCCCUCUAUUGGUUGACCUAUGGAUUACUGCCUGUUAUUCCAACUGUAGCUAAUUAUUUGAAGUGGCAAAAACCAAUGCUGUAAGUUCAAAGAAUGUAGUCCUUCUGAUGAUCUUUCAAGGGAUCAGCAUGUUUCUACUUCUUUGUUGCAAAAAUAUCUCCAGAAAAUGCGAAGACAUUUCCAGUUAAGAAAGCUGCUGUUAGUCAGGUAUUCAGGAAUUGAUUGCAUGUGCAACCUUAGUUUGCUUCCACUGCAGUAUUCAUAUUUUUGCAGGCUUAAAGUAUUUCCUGCUUUACCCCUUGCCUCUUUUACUCUAUAGCAUAAGCGUUGCUCUUUGAAUCAGGUUUAGUAUAAAAUGGGUUUGUCACUUUGCAGACUUGGAAAGCUUGGAAAAUGAGAGAGGAUUGUAAGAGAAGGAGGUGAUCACAUUUAGAAAGCUGUGACAGUUCUUGUGCUGUUCCAGAAUUGUUAGCAAUUCUACAAAUAGAGUUUCAUUGCUGGUGGUAUUAGUCAUGUUGUGACCGACUUGCAGACUGCUGAGAGUUUAGUAUGUGCAGCUGAAAUGAAAAGGAGUUUUAUGUGCAUAUAAAGUGCUGUAAAAACAGUGUAUAAUGUUGUAAAAUCAGCUAUGGAGUCCUGUACUGGUUAAUGGACACUUGACACUUCUAGCCUUCAGCUUUCUUAUGCACGAGUUAUUUUCCUCCAGAAAGAAAAGGAAUGGUGCUUAAUAUCUCAAAUAAAUGUAGAAAUACU